AUGCAGGUGACCGUCCCCGAGUGUCUGCCGGAGCGUCUCGAGGUCAUCUCCUAUACGAAUGAGUUUGCUUUCCUCUAUGACGAUGUAAUGGAGAAGCUGAUCGAUCAUGACUGCGUAUGCCUACUGGACCCCCCAGGCAGAGCAGAGCAGAAAGCCUCGCGAGCGAACGCGCUGCAGGCGCAAGUCUUCCAGGAGAUUCUCACCAUCGACAAGCCGCGGGCCGUCACCUCCAUGAAGGCGUGGUCGACCUUCCUCCAGCUGGCCUCGCGCAGUCGCGUCCGUCCCGCCGAAACGCUAGCCGAGUACUUACCUAUGCGAUUAUCAAUGCAGGAGAGCUGUAAGUUGAGCAGACUACCCCUUCAUCUCUCUCUCUCUGUGUGUACGAUCUGGUUCGGCACGUUGACCUUCGGGAUGGGGCUGACGAUCCCGGACGAGGAGCUGCAAGUCUGCAUGAAGCUGGCCCGGCCAGGACACGCGGCGAUCAGCCUCACCAACGAUCUCUUUUCGUGGAAGAAGGAGCGGGUGGUUGCCGAGCUGGCAGGCGUGGAUUAUGUCUUCAACGCCGUAUGGGUCAUCAUGCAGGAGGGCGACGCCCAUGGGAAUUGCCGGUCCGAGGCGGCCGCCCUGGCGAUGUGUGAGGCCGAGAUCCGGCGCUACAUCGCCGAGUUUGAUGGGAUCGUCGAGGCGGCGCGCCGCCAUUUGCAUCUGUCGCGCAACACGCUGGCAUACCUGGAGGCGUCACAGUCACGUGGGGAACUUGGUCUGGAGUAUCUACUGUCCGCGGUACCAAGUAUAGAUCAAUUUUGA